UCUUUAAUUCCUCCUUGCAGUUUGAAACUGUCAGGUUAGUUCUAAGAUAGCAGCAGGGCUUGCUGUGGUUUCAGCGGCGACGCAGCAAGGAAACAAGAGUGAGGAGUCGGUAUUUGGUGGAGCGCCCAGAGGGUGGCUAGUGGCACCCAAGGGCCCUGCAUCGAGGGCCCUGCAUCGCUGGCCGAGUAUUUUUGCAGAAUGUCAUCAGAUGAGGACAAAUGCUCAGUUCCAGUUAUACAAAAUGACUCCGAUCCAGGCAGUUUUGUCUCUGCAGAUCUUCAGGAAGAAUAUGAAGAACUACUUCGUUAUGCUAUAGUGACUCCAAAUAUGGAAUCCAGUACUUCACAGUCACAGCCAUCUCAUCCGAAGGCAGAAGUGGUGCCAGAAGUUAGAAGUCCUACUCCCAUUGAUAAUAUUCUUCAUAAUCAAGCAGGAAGCAGCUCUGCAGUAAGAGAAACUGCAAUGGAAGUUGGAAAAGGAUCUGAUUUAAAUAUUUCCAGUCAUUCAAAGAUAGAUGGAUCAUCACCAAUGUCAUCACCAAGGAAGCCUUCUCACCCAGUCAUGGAUUUUUUCAGUUCACAUCUUUUAGGUGACUCUUCCUCAUCAAGGUCUAAUUCUGCUCUUACAGAUGCCCAUGAAAUAUUUGUGGGUGAUAGUCUUGUUUUUGAUGAAAACCUUCAGAGGAUGGAAAAUAUACUUGAUCUUUGGAGUUCAAAUCUUAAGACAAACGUUUUAUCUGAACUAAGUAAAUGGAAACUUAAUUUUAUUGACUGGCACCGAAUGGAAAUGAAAAAAGAGAAAGAAAAACAUGCAGCACAUGUAAAACAACUAACCAACCAGAUCAAUGACUUGAAAGAGCUGCAAAAAACCUUUGAAAUUUCCAUUGGGAGAAAAGAUGAGGUGAUUUCCAGCUUGUCUCAUGCCAUAGGCAAGCAAAAGGAAAGAAUAGAGUUAAUGAGAACAUUCUUCCACUGGCGAAUUGGCCACGUCAGCUCCAGACAGGAUGUUUAUGAAUGCAAACUAGCUGACCAAUACUUCCAGAGAACUUUACUGAAGAAAACCUGGAAGGGCUGGCGUUCCAUAAUACAAAGACAAUGGAAAGAGGUGGUAGAACGAGCUUGUCAAGCAAGAGCUGAAGAAGUUUGUGUUCAGAUUUCUAAUGAUUAUGAAGCUAAAGUUUCUAUGUUAUCUGGAGCUUUGGAAAAUGCAAAAACUGAGAUUCAAAGACUGCAACAAGAAAAAGAACACUUUGAAGAUUCCAUGAAGAAAGCUUUCAUGAGGGGGGUGUGUGCAUUAAAUCUCGAAGCCAUGACUAUGUUUCAAAACAGAAAUGAUUCAGGGAUAGAUUUCACAAAUAAUAAAAAAGAAGAAUACAACCCUGGUGUUCAAGGAAAAGAAUAUCCUACUCAUUUGGAUCCUUCAGUACCUCCAGUGUCCUCAGCAGUUCCACUGCAUUUGCUGCAGCCCUCACCUACAGUGCCAGUUGCAACAGCCAGCGCCACUGCAAUUCCUUCUGCUGCUUCCAUGACUUCUGCUGGGGCUGCAUCUGCUUCUUCUGUUCACGUUCACUUUCCAGUUCCAGUUCCAGUUCCAGUCUCCGUUCAUGGUGCAGCAUCCUCAGCUACUACUACAUCUGAAGAAAUGUAUGUGCCAAGAGUUGUAACUUCAGCACAUCAGAAAGCUGGAAGAACAAUUACAGCCCGGAUCACAGGGAGAUGUGAAUUUGCUCCAAAAAACAGAAUUAAUAGCAGUUUAGCUAUAAUGGGAGUUUCUCCACCCAUGAGUUCAGUUAUCGUGGAAAAACAUCAUCCAGUCACAGUGAAAACGUGUAUAGAUACCCUGAGAUUGUCCAUUUGUGAGCAAACCAUUCCUCAAGCAUCAGCUGUAAAAUACUCACGGACCAUUCAUCCUGAAGGUGGUACCUCAGUUUCAAGAUCUCUUGGAACCAGAACAACCCACACCCAGUCUCUCACAAGCAUUCAGUCCAUAAAAGUGGUUGACUAAAGUGAAUAUGUUCACAGCAAGGUCCUUUAAUUCCUCUGGUAAAGACUGUACCAAGAGUUGGAAGUCUUUAGUUUUUAACUUUUCUGAAUUGCUAGAACAUCAUGGAUACAUCAUGUUCAUCUUUUCAAAAUUAUAAAGAGACUUUUUCAAGAUAUACCAUCCUUUGUAACUAUACUGUAGAAAGUAUUUUAAUGUUAUUUUAUUUAAGCAAUUAAGUAAAACUUUUUUAAAUUAAAAAAGAAACUUCAUUUUUUAAUAUGUUCAGCCUGUCACUGGUUACAUCAUCAUUUCAUCAUUUUUUUCUCUAUAUCAUUUAUAAAACAAAUAAUUUCCAAUGUUACUUAACUGUAAUUUAUAUAAAACUUUGAGAGAGAACUUUACUGAAAACAAUAAAACUAACAAAAACUAAGUUAUUUUUACUUUUAAAUUAAAAAGAUUAAGACCAAGAUUAAUAAUGGUGGUGUGACCCUGCUAGACAUGGGCAGAAAUUCUUCAGUGGUUGACCAACUUGAAGAAAACAUCUGGGCAGAACUGAUUUAAGAGAAAAAGACCUGGCUUCUCAAUGGCUUUAUUACUGGCUGUGUUAUCUUGGGCUUGACACUUAAUUUAAGUGAAUCCCAGGAUCCUCCUCUACCUAACCUACUUAUUUCAUUUCACACUUAUAUAGAGUACAUAAAAAUGGUUCUGAAGAGGCUGUCAAAAGCCCCAAUUUCUGUAUCUUUAACAGAAAUGGAUGGCUUAAUAAUCUGAAACCUCUUCUAUUUUUUAACAUGAUCUAGUUAUAUUUUGUAACUUUAUUAUAGGAAAUAGUUGCUGCCUCACACUCUUAAGAGGACAUCAGAAACAAAACUGAUAUAGGCAAACAGUUCCUAUUUUCUAAUGGAACACCGUAAGGCUUUUCUGAAUUACAAGUAUCAGGCUGUUUCUUAAUAUCUAUUAGAUAUUUAAGCAACACUUGUUCUGGGUUCUGGCCUAGCUCUCACUGCAAACAACUUUGCUCAGCAUGGGCUUCAGCAGGCUAUAUGAGCACAAAGCAGCAGCCCCUUAUCUCGCACCCUUUGUUUUUUUAAUUAUUAUUUUUAUUUGUUCUACUUAGUUGUACAUGACAGCAGAAUGCAUUUCAAUUUAUCAUACACAAAUGGAGUGCAACAUUUCAAUUCUCUGGUUAUACACGAUAUAGAGAUGCACUGUUUGUACAAUCAGAUAUGUACCUAGGGUAAUGAUCACACCCUUUUUGUGGACAUGUCUUCCCCAGGGCUUCUCUGUUAACUCUCCGGAUAUCCGGGAGAGAUAGAAGUUUCCUCUUAUGCCAUUCCUAUAACCCACAAAUCAAGUCUUCUUCUUUCCUCCUUGUAUGAAUUGUCCUAAGAUGCACUAGUCCAUUCCUUCUCUUGGAAUAGAGUAACCUCAAGAUCAAAUAAUUUGUGAAGCUUGAUACCAAGUGGUAUCCAAUUUAGUAACACCUAUCUUGACUCUCCUCCUUCCCCAGAUCUUUUCCUCCACUCCUGCACCCCUAGAUUGAUACUCCUGUAAAAAGAUGUUACACAUAAACCUUGAUCUUAAGCCCUACCUUCUGAGGAAUUUAGACUGCAGCUAGGAUGCUUUUCAGUAUCCAAUCCAAAGCCAUAGGGACAAACUAAAGAAAAUAUUGAUGAGUGUUAUACUUAAGAAUAAUAGACAAAACCCAAAGACAGCAUCAUAGUGAAUAAGGAAAAACUGAAAGUAUUUCCUUUAAAAUCCAGAACAAGACAAGGAUGUCUGCUGUCACCACUGCUAUUCAAUAUAUUACUAGAAAUUCUAGCCAGAGCAAUUAGGCAAGAGAAGGAAAUUAAAAUGAUAAAAAUAGGAAGUGAAGAAGUUAAAUUAUGAUUGUUUGCAAAUGAUAUGAUCCUACAUUUAUAAGAUCAAAAUACUGCUAGAGCUAAUAAAUUUCACAAAGUAGCAAGUUUAAAAAUUGACAUACAAAAUUCAAUAGCUUUGCCAUACACCCAAAAUGAAUCUGCUGAAAAAGAAAUUAGGAAAACAAUCCGAUUCACAACAGCUUUUUUUUUAAAAAAAUGAAAUCAUUGAAGACCUCAGAAGAUGAAAAGACUUCCCAUAUUCAUGGGUAGGCAGGAUUAAUAUUGUUAAAAUGGUCACCAAAGGACUGUAUAGAGUCAAUGCAAUAUCCAUCAAAAUGCCAAUAUGUUCUUCACAGAACUAGGGGGAAGAAAGUCCUAAAAUUCAUUUGGAAAAGAAAAAUAAAAGACCCAGAAUAACUAAAGCAAUUCUAAGCAAAAACAAAACAAAACAAAAAAACCUGACUUUAUACUAAAGAGCUAUAGUACCAAAAACUGCAUGGCACUGGCAUUAAAACCAGACACACAGACCUAUGAUAUAGAAUAGAAGACACAGACAAAUCACAGAUAAUGGUCAUCUGAUCGUAGGCCAAGAUUCCAAAAUCACUGGGGAAAAGAGCCUUUUUCACCAAUGGUGCUGGGAAAACUGGUUAUCCAUAUGUAGAAAAAUGAGACAUACUUCCCCAUCCAAGGUAGAGUUAUCUGUUCUUGAAUGAAGUAAUUCAGACUUGAGGAUGGCACCAGAAGCUCUCAGAAAUGACUAUGUCCCAAAUUAAUGAGGGAAUUAAAGUUCUGGACAGAGAAUACUUCCAAUAUAGCCUUUGAAUCACCUCUUUAAAAUCAUAGCCUCUGGGACAGGAAUCCCUUGUGACUCAACUUUGCUAGGAAAGAAAUAAAACUUCUUUUUUCUUUUUUCUCAAAAAAAAAAAGAAGGAAAGAAAAGCAAAAGAAGGUCAGGGGCAUAUGUUUUCUCUCGUUUGGAAGCUUGAGAGGAAAAAGGAAAAUAAAAUUAUGGGGUGGGGCAUCUCAUGAAAAAUGCAGGAAGAUCAGUAGAGUAGAAGAACGGAAAGCAAGGUGAAGGGCGCACCAGGGAGGAAAUAGUGGGGAAUGAUAUGGGCCAAAUUAUAUUGUUAUGUUGUGGACAGGUACAAAUAUGUACAAUAUAUCCCACCAUUAUGUACAACUAUAAUGAACCAAUAAAAAAUAUGGAAAAAAAAGAAUUGUAACUAUCUGUUUAAAUUUAUCUAAGCUCUAGAAGUUUUUGUAUGUUAUCUAAAGCACCAAGCAAUUAAUUUUGGCCUAAGUAAACAAAUUCAACAAUAAAGCUUUUUAUACAAUAAGAA